AUGCGUAGGGAAAAGUUUUCAAGUAUACUGCGAUAUUUUCUCCUUUGUUCAAUCUUUACCCGUAUGCGCCAGAUUUGUGGCCUUGUGCCAGACUUCGCAAGUAUCUAUCUACAACUGCCGUCCAAUCGUAGAUCUGUGUCUUUCUACGCGUGCGUUCGUACUGUGUAUUUGAAAAGGAACGCGCGCGAAUCGACCGCACACACGCUCCCGACUGCACACACGCAGAGAAAUUUCUCACUUAGACAUUCGUUCAUUUGUCUCAUUCUUUUGUUCGUUACAUCAUUCCUUUAUUCGUCCAUUCGCCUAUUCGCUCAUUCUUAUUCCUAUUCCGGGACGCUGUGCAACACAGUCCGUCGUUCCAAUUUACUGCAGUUUUUCUAUCUCGAGACUUUAUCUAUCAGUCUAACUCAACCUAUGAAAAAUCUAUCUAUCUAUCUAUCUAUCUAUCUAUCUAUCUAUCUAUCUAUCUAUCUAUCUAUCAAUUUAUCUUUCUAUUCUCUUGCUGUCAAAAAGCAUCAAGCCAUAUGCAUGGAGACAAAUCUUGCUAUCUAUCUAUCUAUCUAUCUAUCUAUCUAUCUAUCUAUCUAUCAAUUUCUGACUAUUCAAUAUCUAUCUAUCUCUAUCUAUCUAUCUAUCAAUCAAUCACAUCUCACUGCUAAUUGCUUCCGUCCACGCCGAGUGCCAUCUCUUCUGCUCUUUCGAUACACUGAUAUUAGUACAAGAGCAUUUGUCGUCGAGUGUCUGUUAACAAGUCCGUCUCGCAGUUCGUUGUCGUUCGGUCCAGCUUCGCUGGGUGCCAGACUGUCAUAG